AUGGUCCCGCGCCCACCAGAAUCGCAGGCUCUACCCGACUUGGACAUCCGUGUUGAGACGAAGCCUCUGGCAAGAAGGUCUGUCUCAUCAUUGGCUUCUUCCAUCGAUGCCGAGCUUCUUCGCGGUGUUUCGCUGGGUCUUGUCCUGGCAGGUUGCGGGAGACAGUGGGCGAAUCGGGACGCGGAUGACUACCACCUCAGUCACCGUGUCACUACGCUUGAUGUAUUUUUAAGUCACGACUGGGGUACAAAGCGGUGGCUGAAGACCUUGACACUGCUGGUUCAUUUCAACAGUGUACCCGCAGCUGUGGCCAGCCUGGUCAUGUGUAUUCUUGUCAGUGUGCUAAUUAUUCUCCGGUUGCUGGAGGGAUGGGCAGGGGGUGUGCUUGCCAUCCACGCUACCUAUUGGUUUGUGUUCCUGUUCUGGCAAAACAUCCGAGGCCUCUAUAGGAAGCAGGUCGUGUUUCUUGACCGACUCUGCAUUGCGCAGCAUGAUGCAGACCUUAAGAAGCAGGGGAUACUGGGGUUGGGUGGAUUUCUGGCCAAGUCACAGAAACUCUUGGUUCUGUGGAGCCCGCAAUACUUCACCCGCUUGUGGACGGCCUUCGAAUUGUCAGCAUUUCUGAGACAGGACCAAGCAAGAGCAAAGGACAUCGCCUUUGCUCCUGCAAGUAUGGGCCCACUACUUUUCUACUUCUGCUGCUUUGAAACGCUCUUGAUGACCAGCUUCCAUCUUCUGAUGGUGCAAUAUGUGCAGGGCGGUAUGAUGGAGCAGGAUGGGCUGAGCAACCCACGCGACAACCUGUCGCUACUUAUGCUGGCCAUGCUCAUCACAUGUGCACCAGCCUUCUUUGUGAUAGCACCUGUUGUUCUCUACCUUGGUACAAUGCAGAUGAGGGCCCUUCUGCAGCUGAGGAAGCAGCUGGAUGACUUCAGUAUCCGGGAGUCCAAGUGCAGCUGUUGUGAGAUGCACCACUGUCACCCUGAGACCGGCGAGGAGAUCUUGUGCGACCGGAUGCUCGUGUUCGACACACUAAAGAGAUGGUAUCCGGAUGAGGAGUCUACGGAGUCGCAUUUGGACAAGUUCGAUGAGAUGGUCCACACAAAGCUUGGUGGCUUCGUGCGGAACAUCUUGGGCUCCGGUGCUCCACACUUGUUGCAUAUCGUGGCAAUGACGGCACAUCCUUUGCUUGGAUUCUUGUGUCACUACGUCUACUUGGCCUCGAAUGACGUCUUUGGCUGGACAGCACAUGGUUGGAUGAUCGGAUGGCUACAGGCACCGCCAAUGGUGUACCUUGCAUUCUGGGAGAUGCUGCAGUGCUGGAGGAUGGGUGCACGAUUUGGUGAUCGCUGCCCACUGUGGCUGAUUCUGUUUCUUGGUAUGACCGCCGGCAUUUCAUUCAAUGCAGCCCUUUGGCUGCAGUACAACAUGUUCAAAUACAAGUUUGGGUACAACUUCAACUGGCCUGUCGUCGGCUCCCUUGCAUUCAUGUGGAUCGUUUUCAUAGUCCCAUAUGUGUGGGAAUACGCGCGGAUGGGCAGAAAAACAGAAAGUCGCUAG